AUUUUUCUUUUCCUCUUAAUCAUAUACACCGGUGGUACUUAUGCAAUAAUGUAUGAAGAUUCCGCUAAAGCGCAAUGUGGUCAAGAACUCGAAGGAAGUGUGGGAACAGAAUUCCUUAUUCUUAUCAUGGAAAAUAUCGCCCCUUCUAGUUCCAUCUUCAUAACGACUAAAACUUCAACGACAGUCAACAUAUCUACCUCUGAAAAUCUGCAAAGCAACUUGAAAUCCUCAAUUGAUCAAGAAACGUUUGUCAAUUCUUCCGCAAAUAUUGUUCUUCCACAAGGAAUACAAUGUUCUUAUUUUGAGAAAGAACCUAAAGCAGUUUUAGUCCAUUCUCAGGAACCAAUAAAUGUCCUGAUAUCAGACAAUAACAACCCUCUUAUCGAGUUUAGAAUCGACACAACGACUGUUAUACCAGUGGAGAAACUUGAAACGUCGUACAUCAUUUCUUCUUUUAAUCAAGAUGACAGCCAUUUCGCAAUUGCAGCAUUUGAUGACGACACAAAUGUUACAAUAUCUCUGAAAAUAUCGAAUAAUGUAAACAUUUUAAUCUCUGGGCGAACAUACGGGGACAUGGAUACAUUUGAACUAUCCUUAGAUAGACUGGAAACUUUUCAGAUUGGUGCAUUGGCAGAUUUUUCUGGAACACGAAUUGAUUCUAACAAGCGUGUUGCCGUCUUUUCUGGUACUGUUUGUCUAACUGGAGGUGAUGGAUUUUGUAGCCCUGCCCUUGAACAAAUGCCGCCAAUCAGUCGCCUCGACGAUAUUUUCAUUGUUCCCCCAAAAUUCAAUGCAAAAGUCAUUAGAGUGUUGUCUCCAAGAAACACAACUGUACAAAUCUCUAAGGGAAACGCUACCAAGAGUCAGGAAAUAUACCAGAAUGUGCCAUACGAUAUCCCCAUUGAUGAAGAAGAAUGUAUCGUUAUUGAGAGCGAAAGUUCCAUUUUGGCUACAAUGAUAGCAUUUGGAUCGACUCCAGGUCCUUUUAUUGCGAUUGUUCCAGGAAUUAACCAAUACCUAACAAGAUAUAAAGUUCUUGUGGCCGAGGGGUACCCGAUAAGUAACGUCGCCAUUAUGAUAGAAACGGAAGCCAAGACCGAUCUUCUAUUGAAUAACCAACCAAUUGAGAACUAUACUAUAUUCUAUGAAAAACAAGUACAUGUUGGCUGCAUUUCCUACGCCAUAAUAAUUGUAGAAUUUAAAGGAGGUCAGCUGAUUGUUGAGUCGGAGAAAACACCGUUUGGAUUAAUGGUGUAUGGUCAAAAUACGUAUGACGGGCAUGGAUUUGCUGGAAAUAUAAUCUCAAGUUUGCUUUGCUAG